AUGAGCGUAUCUACCAAUACAAUGCAGGUCAUUCAGAUUGAGAAGAACGGGUCUGCCAAUGUCCUUGAACUCAGAAACAUUCCAUUGCCAUGUCUCGGCGAAGGGGAAGUCCUCGUCCGAAAUCACUUCUCAGGUAUCAACUUCCAUGACAUCUACGUUCGUCAGGGCCUCUACCCUACCACCACCUUCCCUAUCACUUUGGGUUGUGAGGGUGCAGGAGAGGUUGUAACGGCUCAUAGCUCGGUUGUGGGAUAUCCUCCAGGUACCAAGGUGGCUUACAUGGCUGGGCCGGGAGUUGGUAGCUACAGCCAGUAUACACGGCUUACUGCUUCAUCCGUUGUCAUUCUACCUGACAGCAUAUCCACUAAGCAGGCCGCCACCAUCCUACUCCAAGGACUCUCUGCUUGGUCAUUCAUCCGCGCUGCAGCUGAUGUCAAGGAAGGACAGUGGACGCUUGUUCAUGCUGCUGCAGGAGGCGUGGGGGGCCUCAUGGUCCAGAUGUUGCACCGUGUCGGUGCAAAGAUCAUUGCAACAGCGGGUUCCGAAGAAAAGUGCGCGAUCGCCCUGGAGAAGGGGGCGGGGUGGGCAGUCAACUCGAGUAAAGAUGAUGUGAUAGCCAAGGUCAAAGACAUCACCGCUGGCCAUGGUGUGGAUGUCAUCUUUGAUGGUGUCGGCCGCGCAACGCUUGAUUCAGAUCUAGAUAUGAUCGCCAUGCAUGGUCAGCUUAUCUCAUUCUGUAACGCGUCCGGGCCUGUUCCGCCCUUCAACAUUCUUAGACUCGGGAUGAAAAAUGUCCGUUUGAUGAGGCCACUCGUCAGUACUUACAUCAGCAACCGUGACUUUUUUGAAAAGUAUUCUACGGAGCUUUUUGACAUGGUAGCUACUGGAGAGGUUCAGCCAACUAUUCAUCGCAUUUACCCCCUUGCUGAAGCUGCCAAAGCACAGUUGGCUCUGGAGAGUAGGAAGACCACGGGGAAGGUUCUCUUGGACUGUCAGUGA